AUGGCCAAAAAAGAAAUGGAAGUCAAGAGAAAGAAGGAAAAACAACAUCCAAUAAAAGGCACCAAAAGAUUGAAUCUGGAUCUAAAAGAGAAGCUUAAAGUAGGCAAAGUGAACAUUGUGAAUCCAAAAAAUUACAGAAAUGAAUUUUACUGCUCCAUCUGUGAUGUAUUGAAACAUGAUUCAUUGGGCUAUCAAUCGCAUAUGACUAGUAAGGCACAUAUGAAAAGUAUAGGCAAGGAUUUGAGCGUUGAAAAAAGUACAUUAGCUCAAGUUCGUAGUCGAUUAAAUGGAAACAAGUCAGAAGUAACUACAAAGCCCAGAACUUUCGUGAAACAAAAACAGCAGGUCAAAGAAGAGCCGAUGUCUGCAGAACAAGCUGAAAUAUUUCGAGCAAUGGGAUUUAAUGGUUUCGGAAAUAAAAAACUUCAAAACAGUUAA